UUAAUUUAUUUUUACCGUAAUGUGUUAUAGAAACAAUAUAUGCUAAGUAGUACAAUAUCAGCUAACAUAGAAGAGUCAUUACUUCAAGGAGUCAAUAAAGUUAACUGUACAUCGAGUUUAGAUAUAAAUGAACCAUCUUUAAAUAGCCCUGUACCUAUUUUUAGCAUAUUGAACGAUACCGGAGACAUUUUGAGCAAUUGUAAAUCUAUAAUUAUACCAGAAAAUAAUGAGUUGAUUAAAAUGUAUAAAUCUAUGGUUUUAUUAUCCAUAAUGGAUAAAAUUUUGUAUGAAUCUCAAAGGCAAGGUAGAAUAUCAUUUUAUAUGACAAAUGAAGGCGAAGAAGCUGCACAAAUAGGUAGUGCAGCCGGAUUACAUGUUAAUGAUCUUGUGUAUGCGCAAUACAGAGAAGCGGGAGUUUUAUUAUUCAGAGGCUAUACACCUGAAAAAUUUAUGAAUCAAUGUUUUGGUAAUGUAGAUGAUCUUGGUAAAGGAAAGCAAAUGCCAGUACAUUAUGGAUCUAAAAAUCAUAAUUUUGUGACUCUUUCGUCUCCGCUUACAACUCAAUUACCUCAAGCUGUUGGUUCAGCAUAUUCGUUUAAAAGAUUAAAAAUCAAUCGUUGUACUAUUGUUUAUUUUGGCGAGGGGGCUGCAAGCGAAGGAGAUGCACAUGCUGCAUUUAAUUUUGCGUCUACUCUGGACUGUCCAAUAAUAUUCUUUUGUCGUAAUAAUGGAUAUGCUAUAUCAACACCAGCUAAUGAACAGUACAGAGGAGAUGGCAUUGUAAGUCGCGGUCCUGGCUAUGGGAUUGCUACUAUUCGUGUCGAUGGCAAUGAUAUUCUGGCAGUAUAUAAUGCAAUUAUAAAAGCUCGAGAAUAUGUUAUGAAUAACACAAGACCUCUGAUAUUAGAAGCUAUGACUUAUAGGCGGGGUCAUCAUAGUACUUCUGACGAUAGUACUGCGUACAGAUCUAAAGACGAGAUUAAAGAAUGGUUAGACAAAAAUCCAAUUAUAAGAUUCAAGCGAUUACUUGAGAAAAAUAAUCUUUGGAAUGAUCAAAAUGAAGUUGAAUAUGCAAAUGAAACUAAAAAACAAUUGAUGCAGUCAUUUACAAUUGCAUCCAAAAAAAAUAAACCUAAUUGGAGAGAAAUGUUUAAUGAUGUGUAUCACGAGAUUCCAGAUAAUCUAUUGGAACAAAUGAACUCGCUGGAAGAUCAUAUAUCAAAAUAUUCUGAUCAUUAUCCUAAAGAGUAAACGUUAAAAAAAUAUUGUUAAUUAAUAUAAAUUUAUAAACAUUCAAUUGUAUAAUAUUAGAUAUGAUAGUCUAAUAUAUUAUUAUUGUUAAAGAUUUGAUGUAAACCAAUUAUCUUCCAUUAAAUUGGGACACUUGCACUGGGCCCACUCAAAAGAGGGGCCCACUGAUUUCAGGCAUAUAGAAAUUUAAUUAUAUACAUAUUGUAUCAUACUUUGGGAAAACAAAAUAGAUUUGGAUUUCACUUAGAUAUUUUGGUAAGUUGUAAAGUAUAAUGAGUUUUCUCAGGAAA